AUGUACUUCACUAAGACCUCCGUUGUUCUCUCUGUCGGCCUUUUGGCCAGCCAGGUUGCUGGCCACGCAGCUGUCGUCAAGGCAGUUGGUGAUGCAGGUGGCGCUGGUUCUGCCAUUGGUGUUGACCCCAACACUCCCCGUGAUGGCACUGGCCGCAACCCCUUCCAGCAGGACUCCACCCGCUUCCGAGGCGACGCCGCUGACCAGUGCGGUGAGACUCUGGGAGCUGGUGCCAACGAUGUCCAGGCCGGUACUGCUCAGGUCAUGCAGCUCAAUGGCGGCACCCUUCCUCAGGUCAGCGCCGGCGGUAUGGUCAUGAUGACUCUCCACCAAGUCAACGGCGACGGAGCGGGCCCUUACACUGCCAUGAUUGAUGCUACCGGCACUGGUACCCAGUGGGCGCCCGCUACAGUUGUCACCAACGUUGACGGCAAUGCUCGUGGCCGCAACAACGACAACGCGAAGACGGACCUUCCUCUCAACGUCGCCAUCCCGGCCAACCAGACUUGCACUGGUACUGUUGCGGGCCAGGCCAACGUCUGCAUGGUCCGCGUCCAGAACCCCGCUCGUGCUGGUCCCUUCGGUGGCUGCAUUCCCGUCCAGAUGGCUGGAGCUGCCGCCGCCGCUCCCGCUGCUGGCACCGCUGGCACUGCCGCCGCCGCUCCCGCCGCCGCUGCUCCGGCUGCCGGCGCUGCUGGCUCCGCCGCCUCCGCUCCUGCUGCUGCUGCCGCUGGCACCGCUGGAACCGCCGCUGCUGCUCCUGCCGCUGGUGCCGCUGGAACCGCUGGAACCGCUGGAACCGCUGGAACUGCUGGCACCGCCGGCGCCGCUCCUGUCGCUGGAACCGCUGGAACCGCUGGAACUGCUGGCACCGCCGCCGCCGCCGGAACCCUUCCCGCUGCCAACGCUCCCGCCGCUGGUGCCAACACCGCUGCAGGCGUCAACUCUGGUUCCACCACAGGCGCUCUCUCCCAGCGUGCUCCCAAGAAGUCCACAGACGGAGCUGACGUCUCUGACGAUGCCGACGAGGAGGAGACCAACCCCAGCGGCCGCCGCACCACCAUCGGUGUCUAA